AUGGAGAGAUCCUCUUACGCGUCAAGGAGCUCCAGCGAACUAGCUGCCGCAGCUUCCGGAGGGGGAAGGACGCUGAGGGUGAUACCGAUGCGGCAUCCGUUGGGUUCUGGGUCGACGUCUUCCUCGUCGUCGCCGUGGUGGCGGGCGGCUGUGGGAAGGGCUCGGGCCAUGGGGCCACUUGAAUGGGUGGAGGCGGCCUUGCCGUGUGUGGCGUGGACACGGAAGUACAGAUGGAAGGAGGACCUCCAGGCCGACCUCGCCGCGGGCAUCACCGUUGGAGUCAUGCUUGUGCCCCAGGCAAUGUCAUAUGCAAAGCUUUCUGGGCUGCACCCAAUUUAUGGGCUUUACACAGGCUUUGUCCCAUUAUUUGUAUAUGCAAUAUUUGGCUCGUCACGACAACUAGCAGUAGGUCCAGUGGCACUUGUUUCUCUGCUUGUAUCCAAUGUUCUUGGGGGUAUAGUUAAUUCAUCUAGUGAGCUGUACACAGAAUUAGCCAUAUUACUGGCAUUCAUGGUUGGGAUAUUGGAGUGCUUGAUGGGAUUGCUAAGGCUUGGUUGGCUUAUUCGUUUCAUUAGCCAUUCUGUAAUAUCUGGGUUCACUACAGCUUCAGCCAUUGUUAUUGGUUUAUCCCAGAUAAAGUAUUUCUUAGGUUACAAUGUCACAAGAAGCAGCAAAAUUAUACCACUCAUUGAGAGCAUAAUUGCAGGAGCUGAUGAGUUCUCCUGGCCUCCAUUUGUGAUGGGAUCAACUUUUCUUGCGAUUCUUCUAAUUAUGAAAAAUAGAGGAAAAUCCAAUAAAAGAUUGCGUUUCCUAAGAGUUUCUGGUCCUCUUACAGCUGUUGUGCUUGGAACAAUUUUUGUGAAAUUUUUUCAUCCACCAGCCAUAUCAGUGGUUGGUGAAAUACCACAGGGUCUUCCCAAGUUCUCCAUUCCUCAAGGAUUUGAACAUCUAAUGUCACUUGUGCCAACUGCAGUACUUAUCACUGGUGUUGCCAUUUUGGAAUCUGUUGGUAUUGCUAAAGCUUUGGCAGCGAAGAACGGGUAUGAGUUGGAUUCUAACAAAGAGUUAUUUGGUCUGGGCAUAGCAAAUAUCUGUGGUUCAUUCUUCUCUUCAUAUCCUGCCACAGGCUCCUUUUCUAGGUCAGCAGUGAAUAAUGAAAGUGGGGCAAAAACUGGGUUAUCUGGAAUCAUAAUGGGCAUAAUCAUUGGUAGUGCUCUCUUAUUUAUGACCCCAUUAUUUACUGAUAUACCUCAGUGUGCAUUGGCUGCAAUUGUGAUUUCUGCUGUUACUGGCUUGGUAGAUUAUGAAGAGGCCAUCUUCUUGUGGUCUAUUGAUAAGAAGGAUUUCUUUUUAUGGGCAAUCACAUUUAUCACAACAUUGGUUUUUGGCAUUGAGAUUGGCGUCCUUGUUGGGGUUGCAUUCUCAUUGGCCUUUGUGAUCCAUGAGUCAGCAAAUCCGCAUAUAGCUGUCUUGGGCCGUUUACCUGGCACUACUGUGUACAGGAAUACAUUACAGUACCCUGAAACUUAUACGUAUAAUGGGAUAGUAGUGGUUCGAAUUGAUGCACCCAUCUACUUUGCCAACAUUAGCUACAUCAAAGACAGGUUGCGUGAGUAUGAGCUCAAUCUUCCAAGUUCAAAUAAGGGACUCGAUGUUGGAAGGGUGUAUUUUGUUAUCCUCGAGAUGUCCCCUGUUACAUAUAUUGAUUCGAGUGCUGUUCAAGCUCUUAAAGAUUUGCACCAAGAAUACGAAGCACGCCAUAUUCAGAUUGCCAUAGCUAACCCAAACCAGCAAGUGCACCUUUUGUUGUCAAGAUCGGGCAUCAUUGACUUGAUAGGUGCUGGGUGGUGCUUUGUGCGAGUGCAUGAUGCUGUGCAAGUAUGCCUGCAGCAUGUGCAGAAUUCAUCUUCAAAUGCGUUGAAGCUGGCUGUUCAGGCAUCAGGUGAGUUGUCCGAUUCUGUUUCAACUCCUAAACCAGAGCAGCGGCAUCAAAAGUACUAUGGCUUCUUCAAGAACCUAUGGAAGGCACAGGACUACGCGGAUGCUGGUGGUGAGGUGCAGCCGCUGCUCCGGCAAAAUCUUGUGUAA